AUGUUUUACAUGCCUCAUGGACUGACAAUCGAUGCCCACGGCAAUAGCUGGGUUACUGACGUUGGAAGUCAUCAAGUCCACAAACUUGACAAGGACUUUAAAUUGAUUAUGAGUUUGGGAGAGAAACUUGUUCCAGGGGCAGAUGACAAACAUUUUUGCAAACCUACAGACGUUGCUAUUGCCAGUACAGGAGAGUUCUUCGUGGCAGAUGGUUACUGUAAUAGUCGAAUAAUGAAGUUUGACAAGGAUGGGAAAUUGCUCAGUCAAUUUGGGAAGCCUGACUCCAGUGAAACACCCAAAAAUGGAGAAUUCCUUGUACCACACUCUCUAACCCUAAUUGAGGAUCUCAACUUACUCUGUGUUGCUGACCGUGAAAAUGAACGUAUUCAAUGCUUUUCUGCUGGAUUAGAAGGCGCUCAACACCAACAUAGACGUGCUUACGUCCCCACCGGCACUUUCUUCACAAAGGCUGAAAAUAUUGGUCGAGUCUUUGCUAUCCGAGAGAAAGGCAAGAUUUUUGUUCUUUCUGAAUAG